AUGCCUCGACCGAGAAGACCCGGGGCCCCCGAGCCGAAACGAAGGUCGCGCAAGGGCUGCUGUGGUGAGGAAAAGCCGUCGUGUCUCAAUUGCCAACGCCAAAAUGAAUUGUGUGACUACCGCAUCAGACUGAACUGGGGAGGAAGAACCAGAAGAAAGUCAUCGGUAGACUCUCCGAUAUCGCAUUCGAGCAGUCCUUCAGGAACCUAUGGCUCGUUCUCACUAUCACCGGCGAAUACCUAUCAGUCCGACAAUUUAUCGUCCUCGCACUCACACAAAGCCACAUCUCCAGAGUCCGAGAACACAGCACAAUUUCCAGCCACAGAGGAAUUGCAAUGGGAUGUCGAGCUUUCCGAAGAGAUGGCAAUAGGGACUCCGGCAGCUUAUCCUAGAGGGCUACAUGAUAUUCAUGAAUCUCCAAUCUUUGGCCAGACUCUUUAUAGCUCCAACCGUACAAAUGGCAAGAACUCUGUAGACAGCAUGAGGGCUCCGUCACCCCGACAGGAUGGGACAUCCCCAUGGCCAGACCUGCCCCAAACCAGCACCGCGACCGUCUUUUCUGCCUCCGCUCCAACAUCCCUGGAAACCAUCAUCUCUCAUCCGUCUCCUGUGGAAACGAAUUCCAGUAUAGGUUCUUGGGCCACCUUGAGCUUCUCGCCUGUCACGGCUCUAUCGCGCCCGAUUUCGUUUCUCCGGCACACCUCCGAAUCGCAUCAUGCGACACCCACAAACAAUCGGAUGUCCGAUCAUGGCAUUGAGUUCAGCAGCUAUUUUUCCGCGGCCAACGCAAAAGCCACUUAUGACAACUACGCGGUUCAAGAGACAUCGGGCCUCGGCAGCUCAGACUCACCAUACGCAGAAGAAUCAGCCAUGUCGUCAUUGGACGCGAGCGAAGGAGCCCAACCUCUAGAGGCACAGCCAUCCGUUCGCUCGGAGAGCUACCUCACCAAGAUCAUGAACCGUCCAAUAGCCUCGGACCGCGAUUUCAAUAGCGUGCAGAUGCCUGGCUCAAGCACGCGCCUGCAUCAGUAUCCCAACACCUCCAGUCAAAGUAUGGUCGCAACGGAUGCCUCAAGCGCCGAGAGAAAAUGGCAAGCCUAUCUCACAAGCGUUACAGACAACUACGGCUUGGAUCGCGGUCGUCCUGAUCUGGAUUUGAAUAGGAAUGAUGAUCAUUCCGCUAUUGAUAUCAACUAUGCUCUUGACUUGAUCAACGCACAGAGAAUUACCCCCCCAGGGUCCACCCCUCGAGGCGGCAACUUGGAAGGCGUGGGAAAUGACACCUUCGAUUGCAGUAAAUACAUGUAUUAUGCUUCGCCUGUACCGAUCAACAUUCCACGCUAUUUGUCUCCGCUGCCACCAUCGCUGGUCAAAACACCAAUCAAUCUGAUGUACUUUCAUCAUUUCCUGAACCAUACGGCCAAGAUGCUGGUCCCGCAUGAUUGUGACGACAAUCCAUUCAUAUCCGUACUGCCGACAAUGGCGAUUAGUGAUUCCAAUCUGCUCAAUUUGACACUGGCAUACUCAGCUAGCCAUCGGGCUAGAUACCUCGAGCACCCGGAGCCGGCGAAUCGGAUUGCGCAUUGGGUGAGCAAUGUCUUCCCAACUCUGCGCUUAGCUCUGGAGGAUCCUCACGAAAAGGUCACCGAUAACCACCUUGCUGCCGCUAUAAUGCUCCUGUCGUUGAAGAUUGUCUCGCCCAGUACUUUUGAGGUCCCAAUUCCAUGGCAGAGCCACCUCAAACUUGCACGAGACUUGUUCCUUGCACGAAAGGAGCAGCUGGCUUACCCGGGAAACCUUGUGGGUGCAUUUCUGACUCGCUGGUUGAGCUAUCUUGACAUUGUGGGAACAUUGUCAUGCCGCCACAGCGAACCGCCCUCGCUAAACUAUGCAUCCGUUCUCAGCGCAUGCAGUGGUGUCGGAGAGUAUGACGAGUUCCAGAUCGACUGUUUCACCGGGUUCACGCCAAGGACAGGUCAGUUUCUCGCGCAAGUCGGGAGACUGACUCACCAGUGUGACAAUGAACGGUUCGAUGAGUCGGGCAUCUUCAACCCAGACUGGAAACCGUCUCCUGCUGCAGUCAUUGCCGGCGAAGAACUUCUGUCGGACAUUGAGCUGUUGGAAACACACGCCCAUGCCAACGGCACCCAUUUCCAUCUCGGUAAUAUGGACAGCCUUGCUAUCGACAGGGCAUUUCGAUAUGCCGGACUUCUACAUCUCCAUCGUCGUGUGCUGGACACAUCGCCUCUCUCUGGGCAGGUCACACAUGCCUCGGACGAGCUGCUGAAGGCAAUGGUCGAGAUUAGACACGGCGCCUCUGCCGAAGUGGGCGCGUUGUUCCCUCUGUUCACCGCUGGGUGUGAGACCACGGACCCUCAUAUUAGGGCAGAUAUUCAGGAGCGGUUCAAAAUGAUGGAAAGAACUGGAAUGAAACAGAUCCAGAAUGCGCGUAAGUUAAUGCAGCGCUGCUGGGACGAGGACCUUCCGUGGGUUGCGCUGGCUGAAGGAGAAUUUCUCGGAUGA